AUGUCAGACAGUUCAACCCAGGAUUUAGACGGUCUCGACUUUUCCGAAAGAACUACAAAAGACAGGUUUAACGAGAGGCUACUAGAAGCACAAGAAAAUAAUGCAGACAAUGAGAUCAUUGGCCGUAUAGACUUUAAUGAUUUUUAUACAUCGGACGGUUCAGAACAACUACAGAAAAAGUUCGAAACAUUGCAAGCCCAAGUUGCUCGAAUGGAGGCUCAAGUGAAUGACAUGGAAAAUAAACUAAUAAUUAGAAAAGAAAGAAGAAAAUUAGAGGCGUCUUUAACAAAUAUGUCACCAGAAGAAAGAGCAGACCAUGUUAUUCGUCAAGCAGAGAUACAAGAAGAUACGCCCGAUCUAGACAUUAUAUUUGAAUACAUGUUGCUUUUAGGAAGUACCUCACCGAAUGACACCAACGACUUGUCGACAACCGAUUUCAUUAAACCACAUGCUGAUAUUCGCAAAGCUGCAUUCGAAAGUGAGUUGGUCCUGAAGCAAAAACAAUUCUCGAACUUGCAAUUCACCAAAGCAGACAAUAUACUCGAAAGCAAUCCAGACGACGAAGGUAAAAGGCGAAUAUAA